CGCUCUUUCUCCUCCUUAUUAGUGGGUAGCUCUUUCCGUGAUGGAUAUUUACUUUGGGAAGCCUAUAUAAAGCAUUGGAUUGGGAUUUAUUUUCAGUUUUAGAAACAUUUUUAAUCAGUUUUCACCACAUAAGUAAUAAUGGCUACUACACCAUCAACAAUUAUAGUUAUCAUUAAAGAUAAAGUUAAUUUUCCUCUAAAAAUGGGUGUGGUUGUGAUGAAACAACUAUUUACUUAUGGAGUACGGGAUAUUGUAAUUCGAAAUGAUAAAAUAGUAAUUCACUUGUGCUACUCUCCUAAGGAUACUACCUUGAAGAAAAAAUUUGGUGCUUUACCUAUCGAGUAUAUGAGAACUCGAUUGGAAAACGACGAAGAAUUGAAACUUUUCGACAAAGCAUUGAAAAAAUUUAAAUUUAAUUUGAAUGAAAAUGAAAUUGCAAUCGAACAGGGACCUCCAAUUUUAUCUAUCGAACAAUCGUUGACAACUACAGCAGCCUCCUCUUCAGAACCGAAACCACAUCAGUCAUCAUCAUCAUCGUCGUCAUCAUCCAAGAAGCUAUCUAACAAUGUUUUUGUUUUUGAAGAUGAUGAAUUUUUGAUUAAUUAACAUAAAAUGUUAUUUAUUUAAAUGAUAUAUCAAAUAAAUAAAACACAAGUAAAAAUUUGCUUCAAUAUUUUAUUCAUAUACCUACAAUUUUCGAAAACAUCUAAAAAAAGUUACAAUACUCUAUGUAAAAACCAUCUUUUCAAAUAAAACACAUUUUCUCUCGCACAUCUCAAAUUAUUGAAUAUAUGUUUCUGACAAUGAUAAUUAUUUUUUUUGUUCAGUUUCGUAUAUAUUAAUUUCAGCCCAUUUAAAUUGAUGCAACCAAGUUCAUUCAAAUCAACAAUUGUGUUAACAAUAAAUUUUUCUAACCAUUUUUUUUUCUGUAUACCAAAAACAUAAAUGACACUAUCUUGGACGAUAACUUUUAAAUACAAACACAAAGACUCUUCACUUAAAUUAGAUACAUCCGCACUACAAUUAUUGUCCCAACUUAAACCAUGUACAUUUUUUGUGGUCCAAAACUUGAUUCUGGAAACCAUGCUCUAACAAGUUGAGGGGCAUAGGGCAAUCAAACAUUCGAUGAUGGACAUCUUCAUUCUCGAUAUUAAUGAUGGCAAUUUCUUUGCAGAUGAAAGGGCUGGUUUUGUAUCGAAAUCCUUGCACAUCAAUAAUAAACAUUUUUCUUUUUGGAUUGAUUUACUCUCUGGUUACGUACAAACACUCAACUGUAUCAACUUUUA